CUCGUUCUGAUUCUCGUUUCAGCAAAUUUAAAUCUUGCGCCGACCUUGAAUCCGACGCUCGUCACUUCGUUUUGAGCGCCUUCGUUCAUUUGUCUCAGCAAAGCAAGGAACUGCUGGAAUUGCCGGUAGAGGAGCUGCAGGCGAUUAUCGGGGCGGAUGCUCUGAACGUCAAAGACGAGAAGGUCGUGUGGAACUGCGUACUCCGGUGGAUCGACCACGACGCAGAGAACAGAAAAGGACACAUGGCAGAGCUCCUGAAGAACGUCAGGCUGGGACUAAUCGAGAAAGAAUUCCUCCAAGAGAUAAGAAGUCACCCUUAUGUGAAGGAAAAUGAGACAUGGAGACCCGUGAUCCACGAGACGCUGGAUUUCCUGCUCGACCCUUCAAUUGUCUCCGAGAACGCCCGGGAAUUUCUGACUCCAAAGUACGAGAGCAAACGAAUUCCUAUUGACAUUCUCUUUGUUAUUGGAGGGUCGACCCCUGGAAUUAGCACUGAUUCGAUGCAAACUUACGACGCGAUGACAGACCAAUGGCUUAAGAUCGAGGAGGGCGACCCGACCGGACCGCGAACUCGCCAUGGCGUCGCGGCUGUCGGUUUUAACAUUUACGUCAUCGGUGGUUUUCACGACGAUAAAUUCUUGGACUCCGUCCGCUGCUUCAACGCAGUUACAAAGACAUGGACCGAGGUGAAGCACAUGAUUGACUGCAGAGCGGACUUCAGUGUGGCGGUGCUCGGGGAUUUGGUGUACGCUAUUGGCGGCUGCAAUGACGGUGGUCGACUUAAUUCGGCCGAGCGAUACGACCACAGGACGAACAAGUGGGCGAGGAUCGCUUCUCUGAACACCGACCGAACCCACGCAAGUGCGACUGCACUCAAUGGUAAAGUCUACGUCGUUGGCGGAUUCGAUGGCACGUAUCGGGCCUCAGCGGAGGUGUUUGACCCACAGAAGAACGAAUGGACGAAGAUUUCCCCGAUGCAUUCCAAACGCAGCGGCCUGUGUUGCGUCGCCUUCCAGGGCAGUGUGUACGCCGUAGGAGGAUUUUGCGAAGAGUCUCGCUCUACGAGCAGCGGCGAGAAAUACGACCCAGAAAUGGACACGUGGACCGAGAUCCCCAACCUCUCGUACCCACGUGGCAACUUCGUGCUUCAAGUGAUUAACGACGCCAUCUACGCCUUCGGUGGUAUUCACGACAAAACGCCCAUUCGCCAAGUUGAGCGUUUCGACGGCGGGAGACAUGAAUGGGAAAAGCUUGCAGACAUGACGACUCCACUUAGAGAUGGUGUGUCGGCCUGCGUGGUCGAGCGACUUCCGAAUGUAGGCGACUACAUCCACAAACGCAAGCAUCAGUUGGUGGAGGAGGACGGACAGGGGAUUGAGGCCAAGUCCGACGCUCCUCUGACACCUAAAGGCGACGGGCAAGAAGACCAAGACCUCGACGAACAUUGAAUACGAAAUUUGUCUUUUUGAAUAAUAGUAUUAGAACAAGUAUUAGAAAAGAAGAAAUC